UACCAGCUAGGUCUCAGCUUGGACCAAGGGAAAGGAGCCGAUGGAGCAGCAGCACCAGGAGUAGGCUUCUUGAAGCCACCGGAAGAGGCCUCCGGUAGCGGCAAGCGCUUUCGCGACGACGUCCUUGAUGCCAGAGCUAAGAAUGUUUUUCAUGGCCAACCAAUGCCUACUACUAUUCCGGCAGCUCCACAUCCUCCAACAAUGCGUCCUAGGGUGCGGGCUAGAAGAGGACAGGCUACAGACCCACACAGCAUAGCUGAACGGUUGCGCAAAGAAAGAAUAGCAGAAAGAAUCAGGGCUCUACAAGAACUGGUUCCAAGUGUCAACAAGACGGAUAGAACUGUAAUGUUAGAUGAAAUAAUUGAUCUGCAUUUGUUUAUUUCAGGUACUGCACUUAUUUAAUUGAUCUGUCCUGUUUCUAUCCAAGGAACAAGCUUUUGCCUUCUUCGAU